GCUUCCGUCUAUAAAGCCUUUGGCGUCACUAUACGUAAUAUCAGAUCAAAUAUUGCCCGGUUUAACGUUGACAAGGUUAAAAGCAAACAAAAUUGAAAGGAAAACAAAAUUUGACAUUCAAAAAAAAGAAAAAAAAAGGAAGUUUGAAAUAAUAUGAUUACAAUAAGAAAAUCAAUCGUCCUACCACUUUUAGCAGUAAUGCUAAUUGUAUUUUUACAAACAAUACAAGGAAUUCCUCAUAAUUCAGAAAUAAGGAUUACGUACGAAGGUUCAUCAUCUAAUAGUAGUGAAUCAAGUGAGUCAAGUGAAUCAAGUGACUCAGAUGAAUCAGAUGAAUCAAUUGAAUCAAAAAAUCAAGAUGGUAGUGAUGAUGAAUUAUCCUCGGAAUUAUCCGAAAGAAUCUUUAGUGGUGGUCGAGAUGAAACAUUGGCAAGAGUAGAACCUGAUGACGUUAUGUAUUAUUCAUAAGAAUAUGACAAAUUUCAAUAUUUUCUCUAAAUAUAAAAUAUAACAGAAAAUUGCAUUUCAACUUGAUUUUGAGACAAAAACAAAAUGUAACGAAAACGCAUGAAGUUAUAAAGAAAUUCUGUAGUUAUAUAUGUAUUAAAAAAUUUGUGCAAUAAAUAUAUUAACACUAA